AUGGUGAGCAAAACGGCUCGGACGGGCACGGAAUCACAAACGGAUAUUGAUGGCGACGGCGCACCGGUUCGCACAUAUAUUGGACACACAAAACGACGAUAUUUUCCAAGACGGCUGAGGACCGGCGACCUUGCGACUGAAGGCACUGUGUCGGACUACAUGCAGCGGGGAAGAGACUGUUGGCGACACACCGAUAACGCUUCUCUCUCCGGAGAUAUCGGAACGGUCACAUGGUGUCCACAGUAA